AUGCACCGGGAACCAGUAUGGUGCGCUGGCAUGGCGGUUGCUCUCGCCGUGCUUGCUCCCCUCGUCGCCGCAGAUAUUUGCUCGACGCUAGAUGCUGAGGGUAUAGAGGUUGAAAGCCCUCUUACUCUGGACUAUUCCCUGGAGUUACAGGAUUACUGGUCCGUUGCGUGCGGUGACCUUCGACCAAGCUGUAUCGCGUACCCCACAAGCGCUCUCGAGAUGUCCCAAAUUGUCAAGGAAUUGCACAUGACGGAGGAUCUCUUCGCAAUCAAAUCUGGAGGACAUAUGCCGAACAAGGGGUUUUCCAGCAUCCAGAACGGACUCCUUAUAUCGACUAAGCGCCUCAAUGAAGUCACUUACGACUCUGACGACCAGACUGCCGUUAUUGGCCCUGGGCUGCAGUGGGAAGAAGCACAAAAGGGUCUGGAUGACCUCAAUACGGGUCGAACGGUUGUAGGUGGUCGCUUGGGAGGUGUGGGUGUUGGAGGAUACAUGCUUGGAGGUGGGCUGAGCUUCCUAAGCUCCCAGCACGGAUGGGCAGCGAAUAAUGUGGUCAACUACGAAGUGGUCAUUGCAGACGGUAGCAUUGUGAAUGCCAAUGAAAACGAAAAUCCAGAACUAUUUGCUGCUCUUAAAGGUGGAGGAAAUAAUUUCGGCAUUGUGACUUCCUAUACACUUCAAACUUACCCUAUUUCAAAGGUCUGGGGUGGAAACUAUAUCUUCACUCCUGACAAGACCGCUGGGGUUCUCCAGGCGGUUCGUGACUUCACCGAGUAUUAUCUCGAUGACAAGGCAGCUGUUAUUGUGACAGUCGAGCACGGCGCAUUGAUUCAUACCUGGAUUGUAUUUGUGUUCUAUGAUGGACCAGAGCCUCCUCAAGGUGUUUUCGACUGCUUUACGGCCCUUGAUCCCAUUGACACCACGAAAACCUGGGAUACUUAUUAUGAUUUGCUCAAGAAUAACGACUUUUUCAUUCUCAAGGGCCAACGGUAUACAAUCGCCACCGAAACUACUCCUCUACCCUCGAAAGAAGUAGGCGAAGAAGUCAUGCAAAGCUACUACGAUCACUGGUUCAAUAUUACGAACACCGUCCUUUCUGUUCCUUGGGUAAUUGGAUCAAUGGCCCUGCAGCCCAUGCCUCGCACGAUUACCAGCAAAGCCAAAGCUCGAGGAGGAGAUCUGCUUGAUUUCCCCACAGACCAGGACUAUAUUAUUAUCGAGUUGGACUUUUCCUAUUCCUCCUCAGCCAACGACGAAGAAAUUGAUCAGGCUAACAAAGACCUCUUCGGAGGAUUUGAUACUAUGAUCUCUGGAUAUAUAUCAGAAGGCAUCCUUCCGGACGUUUACCGGCCACUGUUCCUGAACGACGCGUACUACCCGCAAGACUACUGGGGGCGGAUCUGCCCAGCUUCCAAACAGCGAGCUCUCAGCGCGAGGGAAAAGUACGACCCCGAGAAAUUCUUCCAGACACGCACGAGUGGAGGAUUCAGGGUCGGAUAAUCCGGUUGGUUUUGUUAAUAUAUAUCAUCUACUUUAGAUCAAGAGAACUUUGGAGGUGCAAUGUGAGCCAGUUAUUCUGGCCCAGAACAUAAUCCACGCCUUGAUAAUAAGUUCCAGGCAUCGUUCUCAGUUUAGCUCCUCAAAGCUGCCGAAUACUCCAAGCGCCACGGAUACUUAUUAUAGACUUGUGCCCAGCAAUAGAACAGAUCUACCAGAAGCGGUCCCAUUCAAAGAAAAUAAGAUCAUCCGAUAUUCCUGAUUUAGGGCAGAAUCCACUGGUUGAGAAGCGGGUAGCUCGCGUU